AUCCAGAUGUUGAUCAUAUAAGCUUCAUCCACUGUCAAACAAAAUGACCAGCUGGCCUAAUCAGGAAGUAACUAUGACGAAAAAUGAAACUUCCACUACUGAAAUAGCAAAGGACGAAUUGAGCAAAACAUCAGAAGAUUUCUUCCCAACAAGUACCUGGGGCUUAGAUUACUAUUUCAUGAUUUAUAACAAGAUGUACAUAGCAGAUGUUGUACAAAUGAAGGAGAAUAUCGUGUUUCCAGGGACCUACCUGUAUCGGGAUCAUCCCCUGUUCAAGGUAGACAUCAUAGGUGUGGUCGUUAAAGUGGAACAGAAUCACACCUGUUUUACCUAUACAGUUGAUGAUGGGACUGGUGUAAUUCCAUGUUGCUGCUGGAAAAAAGAUCUAUUCAAUAUGUCAGAGCCUGGGUCUGAUUGGUCAGAACUUCCAUCUGAUCUGCAAGGGCUGGCAUCUCGAAUUACUGACAAUAAAAUACACGAGGGUUACGCACUCGGAGAUCUGAUACAAGUACGAGGGAAGGUGAAGGUGUUUAGAGAUCAGCGAGAGGUAGUCGCCCUGUACCACACACGACUUGAUGAUCCCAUGGAAGAAGUAAGGCGAUUGGCUGAAUUGCCUAAACUCUAUCAACAAAAUUAUGACCAACCUUUCCAACUCCCAAGCCAAGUGGCCCAGGUGAUAAAUUGCAACCUACAGGAAACAGCCACUGGAACUUUGUCAAAGGAAAGCCUGGUGCUGAAAGCCAAGAAGGUGAUCACAGAAUUUUUUCAGGAGAAUCAGACAAGGGAGAUAACUGUUGAUGUUCUGCUCAAGGAACUUGAGUCCAAGUUGCUGUCUGCUGGUGAGCAGAGGGCGCAGUGUGUAGAGGAGGCAUUGACACGUUUACAGAAUGAAGGAAAGGUGUGCGCUCGACGGGAGCCUCAACACUAUGUGAUAGAGGUACUCACCAACUCUCAAUCAGCAUUAGAAAAGACUUUGUUACAAAUUCUAGCCAAGAAAUGUUCAAUUGCAAAACAUGCUGAUAAAGGUUGUCAUUUUCUAAAUUUACAUAAAGAAGCUUGUCAAACUUUCCAGUAUGGUAAGGUCAAGGUCAAUGCUGUUCGUUACUGUCUUACACGACUGGAAGAGUGCAGUGAUAUCAUCAGGACGACUGAAGAUAGAUAUAGGACAAUGUUCACUUAAGGUCAUUUUUCAAAUUCAUCAUUGCUGCCCUUGUAGUCGUCAAAUUCAAACAUGACAAGCAUUUUUGCCAUGGUCAGCUUCUGAUUAAUGUUAUCUUGUAACUUAUCAAAAUCUAUUGUUGUCAUUCAUCGAAAUGGUCAGAUCUUCCCAAAAGAAAUUCAAAUUUCCUCCACAGCCUGUUAAAUAAUUGUAGUUGUACAGUUUUUAGUCCCAAGCUUCCUCUCCCUCUUUGUCUUCAGAUGUGUUUGGGAUAAAUACAGAUGUAUCGAAAGAGUCCUCACAUAGAGGCAG